GAUCUUGGAUCGACUAUCCAGGCCUGCUACACAGCGGCAGCAGGGCAGCUCAGUGUGGCGCACACACGCCAACAUAAUCGUCUCCUCUGUUUUCCUCAUUGGUGUGGUCGUUUUCGCCGACCCAAUUAUUUUAAUUUCCCCGAUUUAAUUGAAUUUUAUCCGAACAUACAAGAUGGGCAAAAAGGAGGAAGAAGAGAUAAUCCGAAUCGCGAGGAAGAUUGAUAAAAUGGCGCAGAAGAAAAACGGGGCUGGUGCCUUGGACCUUUUAAAAGAGCUGCGCAGUAUCCCCAUGACGUUGGAGCUCCUGCAGUCUACCAGAAUUGGGAUGUCUGUUAACGCCAUUCGCAAGCAGAGCACUGACGACGAGGUGACAUCUUUAGCCAAGUCCUUGAUCAAGUCAUGGAAGAAGCUUUUGGAUGCAGAACCCGGAGGUGGAGAUAAAUCUUCAGAGGAGAAGAGAAAAGAACAAACGGCACCCGUUUCUCCCUCACAGGGAAGCCCGGAGCCUAAAGAAGAAAGCAGCUCAUGCAGUAACUCUAGCAGCAAGAGUGAACCUGCAGAUGUCACACCAAACCCAUUAGUGAACACCUUUCCCCGUGCCCCCAGCACCUCUGAUUCCAUUAGGCUCAAGUGCCGAGAGAUGCUGACCACUGCUCUGCAGACCGGAGACGAUCACAUUGCUAUCGGUGCUGAUUGUGAUGAAAUCGGAGCUCAGAUUGAGGAAAGCAUCUUCCAAGAGUUUAAAAACACAGACAUGAAGUACAAGAACCGUGUUCGGAGCAGGCUGGCUAAUCUGAAGGAUGUGAAAAAUCCCAAUCUACGACGAAAUGUGUUAUGCGGGAGUGUAACCCCCGAGCGGAUGGCCAAAAUGACUGCAGAGGAAAUGGCAAGUGAUGAGCUCAAGGAAAUGAGGAAGAAUCUGACCAAAGAGGCUGUCAGGGACCACCAACUUGCUACCACUGGAGGCACUGUCACCGACCUUUUCACUUGUGGGAAGUGCAAAGGAAAGUGCUGCACUUACACACAGGUUCAAACCCGCAGUGCUGAUGAACCUAUGACUACGUUUGUCUUCUGCAACACGUGCGGAAAUAGAUGGAAGUUCUGCUGAGUCGAAUAGCAUCAACUGGACAAGUAGCAAAAAUUCCCCGGAUCAAGUUCUGUUUUAUCUGCAACAGAUUGGAACUUUGCAUUCUGUGAUACGUGGCACAUGUGGUGCCGUUCGGAGAUGCCACUGCGAUUACCGUUUGAAUAAAUCCCCUGUCUGUAGUUGGAGCUCGUCGUCAUUUUCACCGUGCCCUCCUCCCCUGAAAAUCUUGUACUGUUUUUAUUAGUUGUUUGUCGUCAUCAUCAGAUAUACAUCUAUAUAUAUAUAAAUAUCCGAUCAAUAAUGUCUCAUUCUCUUUUAUCUGCAUUUUUUAUAUGUAGUUUUAACACUUGGGGGCGAUGUCGUAUUCACCUGCCUUCUCAACAUUGCAUUGUUUUAUUUAAUUUUACAAAUAAAGUGUAAUCCAUUUGAUUAAAUAGUUUUGCUUUUCA